GCGAGCAGUUCGGGGGGCGGUUACCACUCCUGCCGGACUCGCUGGGCAGUGCUGGACGGAGCGUGGAGCCCGGAGGGAGCCGCGACCGGCUGCGCCAAGGAUGCUCCACAAUGAAACGCCAUAGAACUCUCAGCAGCAGUGACAGUUCAGAUGAGAGUCCUUCCACUUCUCUUACUUGUGGCUCAAUGUAUAGGAACAAGUCAAAAAUUCCAAAUGAACCCAAGAAAUCUGCUGAGGUAUAUCGGAAGGACCUCAUCAGUGCCAUGAAACUUUCAGAUUCUCACCACAUUAAUCCUGACAGCUAUUACCUCUUUACGGAUACAUGGAAAGAAGAAUGGGAAAAGGGAGUUCAGGUACCAGCCAGUCCAGACACUCUUCCACAGCCUUCCCUCAGGAUUGUAGCUGAGAAGGUAAAGGAAGUUCUAUAUACCCGGCCCCGGAAGUAUAUCCAGUCCUCUGUCGCAGAGACCACAGAGCCUGGCUAUGUCAACAUCAAGGAGCAGGCGGCAUCUGUGUGCCGCUAUGACCUAGAUGACAUGGAUAUCUUCUGGCUCCAGGAACUCAAUGAAGACCUUGCAGAAAUGGGUUGUGAGCCAGUUGAUGAGAAUCUUAUGGAAAAGACAGUAGAAGUUCUGGAACGCCAAUGCCAUGAAAAUAUGAACCAUGCUAUUGAGACAGAGGAAGGGCUAGGUAUAGAGUAUGAUGAAGAUGUGAUCUGUGAUGUGUGCCGGUCUCCAGACAGUGAAGAAGGGAAUGAUAUGGUAUUCUGUGAUAAGUGUAACAUCUGUGUGCAUCAGAUACUUUUACAGUUCCCUGGGGAGUCUUGCUGCCUGCAUGGGAGUCUCCUCUGCCUCAAAUCCAUCAGGUUACACCCAUGGUCAGUAACCUUGGCCUGCUAUGGCAUCCUCAAGGUCCCAGAAGGCAGCUGGUUGUGUCGUCCCUGUGUUGUGGGCGCUCAUCCACAAUGUAUGUUAUGUCCAAAGAAAGGUGGAGCCAUGAAGUCCACCAAGGCAGGGACUAAAUGGGCUCAUGUCAGCUGUGCCCUGUGGAUUCCAGAGGUCAGCAUUGGUUGUCCUGAGAGGAUGGAACCAAUCACAAAGAUCUCUCACAUCCCGCCCAGUCGGUGGGCCUUAGUCUGCUACCUGUGCAAAGUGAAGACAGGAGCUUGUAUUCAGUGCUCAGUGAAAAGCUGCACCACUGCCUUCCAUGUCACCUGUGCCUUUGAGCACAGCCUAGAGAUGAAGACCAUCCUUGAUGAAGGGGAUGAAGUAAAGUUUAAGUCAUUCUGCCUCAAGCACUGCCAAAACAGGCAGAAACUCGGGGAGGCUGAGUACUCCCUACACCGGUCUGCAGAGCAGAGCCAGGCCAAAAGUGAGAAGACCAGCCUGCGGGCUCAGAAGCUUCGGGAGCUAGAAGAAGAGUUCUAUACCCUGGUCAGUGUGGAAGAUGUGGCCAUAGAGCUCGGGCUGCCCAAACUAACUGUGGACUUUAUCUAUAACUACUGGAAACUGAAGCGGAAAAGUAACUUCAAUAAGCCAUUAUUUCCUCCAAAGGAGGAUGAAGAAAAAGGCCUAGUGCAGCCAAAAGUAGAAAGUAUUCACACUCGCAUGAGAAUGUUUAUGCAUCUACGGCAAGACCUAGAGCGGGUCCGAAAUCUGUGCUACAUGAUAAGCAGACGAGAGAAGCUGAAGCUGUCCCAGAACAAACUACAGGAGCAAAUCUUUGGUUUGCAAGUCAAGCUUCUUAACCAGGAAAUGGCUGAAGAACCUCCUUUGUCAAGUGGACCAGAUAACUCAUCUCAGCCACCACCAAGAAUUACCUUAAAGUUAAAAAUGCCCAGAUUAGCCCUGGAAGACUGCGGAAACAGUUCCACAGAGUCUGAUCAUGGACCCUUUUCUCCUGACAGCAACUCCCCUGCUCCCGAUACAGGGAACGUGCAAGUGCCUCAGGAAUCAUUAGAAAUGAAAAUGAAAUCCUAUCCAAGGUAUCCAUUAGAAAGUAAGAAUAACCGUUUACUGGCAGGUCUGGGCCUUUCUAGGAGUGAACCAAAGGAUCCUAGUCCUGCUCGGACAACUCCAUCUCCAGAGUUCUAUCAAGGGCAGUCACUGGGAAAAUCUCUGGUCCUUCAGACCACCAUGCAUGGACAGUCCUUAAUUGGGAAUGGGAAAAGUCAGCCUAUCUCCAAGUUUGUCAGAUCCAAUGGCCUGGAGGGCAGCUGGUCUGGGGAUAUCAACCCAAUAGACAGCUCAAGUGAGAUAUUAUGUGGCCAAGAGUCCAUGCUCACUUCCCACUUGGCCAGUCAGGGCAGCUUUAGAAAGCCUACCAUGAAACACUUCAGCAGAUCUUUUAAGGAGUCCACCAACAGGUGGGGGAGAACCACAGAGGGCCUCCAGUGCUAUGGGAAGCAAACUAAGAAUGUUAAACCCAGGGAGCAGCUCUGGGGCAAGCAGCUUGUCAGGCGUUCUGCAGGGAAAGCUCCGUAUCAGGAAAAUGAUGGUUAUUGCCCAGAUUUGGAGCUGAGUGAUUCAGAAGCAGAAAGUGAGGGGAAUAAAGAAAAAGUCAGGGUAAGGAGAGAGAGCUCAGACAGGGAAAAUCCUGCUCAUGACUCUAGACGGGAUUGCCAUGGUAAAAGUAAGACAUAUCCCCUAUCCCGCAGGUCAAUGCAAAGGUGAUUAACAACUUCCAAGAAUAUUUGCCUUCCAAGAAUAUUGCAAGAAUAAAUGCAAUAUUUGCCUUUGCCUCAUAUAUUGUGGAAAACCCCAUACACCAGAGGACCCUGGCAUAUGUUGGGGAGGAAUUUUGGUGAAAAGAAUAAAAUGUUUCCACAGUAAAUUGGUUUGCAGUUUAUGAACCAGUUUCAAGCAUAGUUUUCACAAGCACAUUAUAAGAAUUGCAGAUUGUCCAAAAGUUUGUUUUUUGUUUUUUUGUUUUUGUUUUUGUUUUUGUUAUUUUGCCAGAGCCUAUUAAGAACAGCUGGACCCAGAGUAUUUGUUCAGUAAAUACUCAGGGCAACUUUCCAGUUGUGUUAACACAAUGAUGUGCAUAUGUAUUAAGAAUCCUUGCAUUAUUAUUUCUUGGAUUUGCAAGAAACUGUGACUAUCAAACACUAAAACUACUUAUCUUUUGAACCUACAGCAUGUGACUCCUAGAGCUCCAUCUGUAGGAAGUUUCUGACUCCACUGGUAUCUGGAAACCCUCCUCAGGGAAAGACCAGGGAUCAACAUCUCAGAUACUGUCAAACUGACUACCCUCUUUGUUUGUUCUGCACAAGGUUGAGUUCCUUUCAGAGGAUCUUAAUUUACCAAUUCAAUACUACUAAUGCUUCUAAGUGUCCAGUGCCUGUUCCUAGACUUGCUUGCUGGGGACGCACUUGUAACUAUUUCACCCAGCUAACAAGCAUAAAAGGCUAACUUGUGGAUAGUGUUUACAAAAGUACUACUUCCAAGGAAAAUGCUCUGAUUCUCUCAGUUGUGGACAUUUGUGAAGGAUCCCAGAGCCUUUCCCAAAGUAAGACCAUUUCUGGGGGAUUUUUACCAGGUCAGGGUUUUUGUGUUAUUGUUUUCAAAUAAGUUUGACUUAAAUAAGUUUGGCUGACUGUUUUUGUAUACCUGCUUUAAUGUUUAUAAAAAUUUUAUCGAGGUAUAAUUAAAGUAUAAUAGAAUGCACAGAGGUUAAGUAUUCUUACCUGCUUUAAUUUUGAAACAGAUUUUUAUUGUCAAGCAGAAUUGAGAGCAUGUGUUUAACACAUGGAUAUAAUUUAGCUUUGUACCAACUUUGAAUCUGAAGCAAUUUUCCAAACAAAAAGGCUGGAGCCGUUUUUCAGAAGUUGCUUAUACACUGUUCCCAAACUAUCAGCCUUGGUUAAUUUCUGGGAGAAAGAGAAUGAUUACAUUUGGGGGCGGGAUAAACAUCUCUGCUUCCCAUUUCAAGAAAGGAAUAACAUUAGUUUUUAAAAUGUGAAGCCAACUAUAAUUCCUGCUCUCUUUUCUUCCUAGCCUUAAGUUAAUAUUCUCUUUUUUCUAGUUUGGAAAAGUAUAGCAGGAAUUUUCAGGCAAAAGAGGCCAUUUUAGAGUCUUAAUGUUGCUUACUGGUAAAACAGUCCAGCUGCAGUAGAUGCUAGUUGCCCCUCUAUAUGGGAAACUCAACAGUUUCCUCUCCCCACUUUUGUUCUUACAGCCUUGUUAAUGGAUCUCUGCUUUUGUUUUUGCCUCCUGUUCUGAAAAUUUCUGUAUUUUGCCUAUCCUUUGGCCACACCUUCAAUAUGUUUCCUUUAUGCCUGUGUACUGGUAUGAACAUGUUCUAGCAUGUAUGGGAGGUGGCCUAUAUUUUGUUUGAAUGGAAAAAGCUAUGACUUAUCCAGAGGAGAAAUAGAAUUUCUUUUAUUUAUGCACUAGGUUUCUGUGCUUUUUUUGUAGUUCUCCUGGGGCAGAUAUUAAUUUAACACUUUCAGGGCAAUGAAACGAUAAUGGAACUAUGUUAUAAACUCCUUCUGUUACAAGCCAGUACAGCAGCCUAUGUCCCAUAAUGCCUUUCUGAAUGGGAAGAAAAGCAAACAUUGAAAAAGUGCUUCAGCCAAAAUUCUAUAUGUAAUACCAUUGGAAGAGUAUUGACUAAAAUAAUUUCAGUCAGGGAAAUAUAGUUGUAAUAUUUUUACAGGAUUUUCCUAGGCAAAUGAAGCAGCCUUCAGUUGUAUAAAUUUCAAUUGCCCCAAAAUGUAUUUGCUACAUUUUGCUGUUGUUUGAAGUAUUACCUCUUAACCUUCUUUGUUAAUUCUUUUCAUUUUGUCUUAUAUAGUCCAGUUUUCCAAAAUAAAUUCAGUCUUUUUUCAA